AUGUCGUCCGUCCGCGCCAUACCCUCUACCCCGCGGGUUAUCUCCCCGAGCCCGACACCUUCAGAGAUUGAUGCAGCGUCACAAGACAACUACUUUGGCCCGGUGACGAGGUCUGCGGCGAAGAAGCGGCGAACAACGCCCCAGCCGCUGGAGGAACGGGCAGAAGAGGAUGACUACGAGCCAUCGACAAUGCGCAGAUCGCGCACGAGAAGUCGAUCACCCAUCGAGUCCCGCCGAAUCACACCCAUGACCACGGUCAAGUCGCAGAGCAAGAGAGGCAAAUCGCCCAUCAUCCCGAGCGAACCGAUCACGGAAGAAGUCACCGCCAAUGGCGAAGCGAACGGCAAAGUCAAAGCUACGACGGCCAACGGCCACCUGGCCCCUCCCUCUGCCGCUCCUACGGGAUGGAGUUGGCGCGAUUUCAGUCGAAGCCCCAGUCCGCUGGGCUUGAUACCGAUUCACAGAAAGUGGCGGACCUUUGUACACAAGCACGAGGUGCCCAGAAAGAUCUUGCACGUUUCGAUCGGGUUCUUCACUUUGUGGCUCUACGUAUCGGGUAUCCAGACAAGCUCAGUCGCACCGUGGCUCUUUGCUGCGCUGAUGCCCAUUACGACCGCCGACUACCUCCGUCACAACUACGCCUCCUUCAACCGAUUCUACGUCUCGGUCCUCGGCGCGCUGAUGCGCGAGAGCGAAUACGCCGGCUGGAACGGAGUCAUCUUCUACCUGCUUGGCGCGUGGAUCUCGAUGCGCUUCAUGCCCAAGGACGUCGGUGUGAUGGCCAUCCUCCUGCUCAGCUGGUGCGAUACCGCCGCCAGCACCUUUGGCCGCAUGUACGGCGCUUAUACCCCGCGCAUCCGCCGCGGCAAGUCGCUUGCAGGCUCCACAGCCGCAUUCCUUGUCGGCAUCGCCUCUUCAUACUUCUUCUGGGGAUGGCUCGCACCGAGAACGGGACCUUUCCCCGGCGACGAGAAUUAUCCCUUCAUGUUCACGGGAGCACUGCAUCUACCCCGCACCAUCGCAAGCGCCGUGGGGCUUUCGGACGCUCAGGCUACCAUCACCGGACCGCUAGCGCUCGGAGUCAUGGGUCUGUGGUCUGGAUUUGUGGCGGCCGCCAGUGAGGUGGUGGACAUUUUCGGUUGGGACGAUAACUUGACGAUCCCGGUCCUCAGCGGGGCUGGUAUUUGGGGAUUCCUCAAAAUCUUUGGCUAG